AUGUUCUUCUUUAGAAGAAAGGAAACCCCCGCCCCGGAAGCGCAGGGGGAAGACAAAAAAGAACAGGCCAAGGAGAAGGACGAAGAGGUAACCCAAGAGAAGACUCAAGGGAAGGCCCCAGUUACCAACCCCUUUCAGAACAUUCGAAAAGAUAGCCACGAAGGCAAGACAGAAAACGAUUUGCUGCAACAUGAUGGUGAAAAGGAAGAACAAGGAAAAAGGAAAAAAGAAAAAAAAAAUAGGUUAGAGGAGAAGAGACACUCAGGGGAAAAGUCCCAAGAUGAGGAGGAAACUGACGAUGAGCUAGCCACCCAAAUGGGAAACGGCGCAGACAGUGAACAUAUAAACGGACAAGCAAGUCACACCAAAGUUGCCCUAGAGGGAGGGACACCCCCUAGUGGUAACCAUGUCCGAAGAGACACGUACAGAUUUAUUCCCAGUGGAAUGAUAAAGAAAAAAAUCAACCUGUACAGUUCAUCCAGCUCCUCUGACGCCUCUUCGAAUGAAGAUCUAUUUAGCGGUAAAAUUAAAAGGAAAGUGGAGACCUCUGAAGGGGAGGAAUAUGACCAAAUGAGGAAGAAGGACAGAAGGAAGGAAACCCAACGAGACAAUCACGUCAGUAGUCGUACUACUAACACCAACGCAGUUAGUGGGAACAGCAAAAUUUUUGCCAACCUUAGCAGUGGGGGUGAGAAACUCAUGUUCUUAACAAAAAGGGACAGAGAAGAAAUGAAGCGAAAGGCGGACAAAAGAGAAAAUGAAAGAAUUCCUAUGGAGGAGGAAGACCAUCCCAGGAGCAGAAAGUUCCAGGGGAAAGAGGUCGAAGACACAAAGCGCAGGAGGAGGGAUAUCGAUACCAAGACCGACUCGAAGGAUGAUGAUAGGCAUAGGCUAAGGAGGAACUCCGAGUCAAAUGAGGAGGUAAGGAGGCGGAAGAUGUCACAUAGGGACUCGUCCGAGGAGCACAGCGACGGAAGAGAUGGAAGAGGCAGAAUUGAUGUGGACAGCCGUUUCAGCGCGCAUAGUCCGUACACGAAGGUGGAGUCGUCCCUGGCAGAGCUGAACAUGCUUAACAUCAGCGCCAUCGAACGAGAAAGCCAAAGGGAAAAGGAGUUAGAAAUUAUCAAGCAGCAAUACUUAGGGCUAAACAAAAGAAAGAAGAAGAUGCAAAAACCAUCAGAGAAAUUUAGAAACAUUUUCAACUUUGAAUGGGAUCAAUCGGAAGACACCUCCAGAAAUGACACCAACCCCUUAUACCAGAACAGGCUAGAGCCUCAGUUGCUUUUCGGGCGAGGGUACAUUGCAGGUAUAGAUGUCCGAGAGCAAAGAAAGAAAAAUAAUUUCUACGAUAAGCUAGUGCAAAAUAGGAUUAAUUUUAGUGUGAAGAAAGGAGCGAUGGAAGAUAAUUCCCUCAAAAAGGAGCUCCAUCAUAGAAGCGGCACAAAGGCGGGUAGUAAAAGUGAGCAUGGUGCUCCCCUCACCAGCGAGAAUGGUGCAUCCAUCCAUUUAGGCAUGUCCGCCAUGGCCAACACGCCGAACCCAAUGGAACAUCUAACGAACCCUAAUAAUCAAUCCUUGAGUAUAAGUAAAACGGGCGAAUUUAUAUACGAACCAAAAGUUAACAAUAUCAUCGUGGAUGUUCAUAACAAACACUGGAGUGAGAAAAAGAGAGAAGAAAUGACGGACAGGGAUUGGAGAAUUUUUAGAGAGGACAACGAAAUAUACAUCAAAGGAGGAAUCGUCCCAGCACCCAUCAGACGGUGGGAAGAAUCCAACCUUUCUAGUGAUUUAUUAAAAGCUAUUAAAAAGGCAAAGUAUGAAAAACCUACUCCAAUCCAGAUGCAAGCUAUACCUAUAGCACUCGAAAUGAGGGAUCUAAUCGGCAUCGCAGAAACGGGUUCAGGAAAAACAGCCGCAUUUGUCUUACCCAUGCUUUCAUACGUGAAGCAACUACCCCCAUUGACAUAUGAAACGUCUCAAGAUGGUCCAUACGCUCUUAUUAUCGCCCCGUCCAGAGAACUAGCCAUCCAAAUAUUCGACGAAACGAACAAAUUUGCCUCCUACUGCUCAUGUAGAACGGUGGUAGUGGUGGGAGGAAGAAAUGCUGAAGCACAAGCAUUCGAGUUGAGAAAAGGAGCGGAAAUCAUUAUAGGCACACCAGGAAGAAUACAAGACUGCUUGGAAAAAGCAUACACCGUCUUAAAUCAAUGCAACUAUGUAAUACUAGAUGAAGCAGAUCGAAUGAUGGACAUGGGGUUUGAAGAAUGUGUGCAUUUCAUUCUAGAUAAAAUACCAACCUCCAAUUUAAAAUCAGAAGACGAGGCUUUAGCAUUACAGGAAGAAAUGAUGACCAAGGCUGGCCAUCGUCUAUACAGACUCACGCAAAUGUUUUCUGCAACCAUGCCCCCAGCCGUAGAGAGAUUAUCAAGGAAGUACCUCAGAGCCCCAGCCUAUAUAUCCAUUGGAGAUCCUGGAGCUGGAAAAAGGUCCAUAGAACAAAAAUUAGAAUUCACUACAGAAGGAAAGAAGAAACAAAAAUUGCAGGAGAUACUUGAAAUGCAUGAGCCACCCGUCAUCGUUUUUGUCAACCAAAAGAAAGUGGCAGACAUCAUUGCUAAAUCGAUUAGUAAAAUGAAAUUCAGGGCUAUUGCUCUCCAUGGGGGUAAGGCACAAGAAUUGAGAGAACAAACCCUCAACUCUUUUAAAAAUGGAGACUACGAUAUUCUAGUAGCAACAGAUGUUGCUGGGAGAGGUAUAGAUGUACACGGAGUCAAACUUGUUAUAAAUUUUGACAUGCCUAAAGACAUCGAAUCCUACACACACAGAAUUGGACGUACUGGCAGAGCCGGUAUGAAGGGACUAGCCAUUUCGUUUAUCACCGAGCAGGAUUCACAUCUGUUUUACGACUUGAAGCAAUUCCUCAUAUCUUCCAACAAUAUUGUACCCAUGGAGCUGGCGAACAAUCCUGCAUCCAAAGUCAAGCCUGGCUCGGUCAUCCACACCCCAAAAAAACCCCAAGUCAUGUUUAAGGGCUAA